AUGACCAACCAAUCCCAAUCCCGACUUCAAAACGACUACGGCGCCGAUUUAUGGGUGAAAAGAGCCACUCCCCAAAGGCACCCCACAGCCGGACGUGGCCUCUUCGCCGGUCUCCAAGACGUCAAGCAUUAUAAUGUGGAUCACGGAUGGGCGAAACGCACCAACGAAGAUUCACAGGGGAUUUUCGGGUUCUUAUUUGGUCGAAUAUUCGGGAGUUAUAAGCCUCCAACGGCGUGA